GCCCAAAUGUACUCAUAAACUACGUGGGGAAACAACAGCUGCUUCACUGUGGGACCCGUUCUCUGACCUUCUAUCAGAAUGAUUUUUUUUACUUGCUCUCCUUUGUCUUUGGCCUCCCAAUCCUGCAAAAGUGUAUUUUACUAUUUUAUUGGUUUGGGGGAUUGUGAUUUCUGAUGAUAGCCCAACAUGGAAGUACACGAUUUUUCUUUUCUUAGUGUUUUCCCACCAUACAGCUAGACUCAUGGAGUCUGAUUGAUGUUGAUUGGACUGGGUUAUUGGUUACCCUCUUACUUUCCCCUCCCACCCAAAACCCACUACUUGGACUAUGUUUUUGCAGGUCUCUGACCUUGUUUAUCCUUGGGUUUUUUCUUCUCUCUGCUGCAGUUGAUACCUGCCAUUGAUAUAUUAUAACACCAGUUCUUUUGUAACUCCAAUGCAACAAGCUGGUCAUUAAUUUCCCAUAAUAAUAAUAAUAGCAUCCGCCCAAAUCUUUCUCUGUGAUGUACAGUUUUUUAAAUAUGCCGAUUUUUUUAUAAGCCUCUACAACCUGGCUGUUGGCAUCUUACAGAAACCCAAGUAGUUGUUGGCAUGGGCACUCUCCUUAUUCCUGUUGAUUCUGGUCAACUUGGUUGCACGCUUGGAUACAGUUCAUUGUUUUAUUUUUUCUAAGGUUUUUAAUGCUUAUAUCUUCAACUAUAUUUUGUACUGAUUAGGUCGAUUAGCAAGAGUAACGUUUCAGUCUUAUUGUUCUGCUGUUGCAAGUGGGUGUUUCAAAUGUCUCCAGGCCACUUGGUCUCUGAGGACUGUGAAGCUCCUGUCUAUAUUGAUCUUCUAAGCUGUUUUUGAGCUGUUUAAUCUGACCAACUUGAGUUUUUCAAGCCGCUUGUCUGUAAAAACCUUCCCAAGUUGCUGGGAUCAUUACCUUAGUGCCUUCAGUUGUCUUGAAGUUGGUGGUUAUUCAGGAAAGUAAGUGGGUGUGCUUGGGCAGGUAGUUGAGUCGUUCAAGAAAGUAAGUCCUGUGAUUUGCGUUUUGGUACUUCUUCUGCAUAUGUUUUGCUGUGAUUGCUCAUUUAGAGUCUUACACAAGCACUUUGUAUGUGACCCAUGAACAGUAUUUCAUGCCCCACAAGGACAUUUUGACCACUUUUACGCCCAACAAAGAUCUUUUGUUACAAUAGUUGUCACGUUCUUGAUAGAUCCUCAACCCACUCCUGCUGACAUCAAUCUACAGUAACCCGUUUGUCUCUUGAAUCUUCUUCCCUGCUGUUGCACCAGACCUCUUCAUUUUCAUCAACCAAUAUGAUUUAGUUGUUCUAGCAUAGGGAGGGCCGGUAAUGAGUCAUGAGGAUCUGGACGAGGACUAAAAAUCGCAGUCAGUUUUCAUCACAAAAAAAUCUGUGUGCGACUACCCACAAGCAUCUCCAGUUUUGAGGACUGUAACUUUCAAAUUGCAGAUUUGGGUAUAGGGUAAAGAUGCCCUCUUUUCCAGAUGAGGUCCUUGAACAUGUUCUGGUGUUCCUCACCUCCUCACAGGACAGAAACUCUGUUUCUCUGGUUUGCAAGACAUGGUACAGAGCAGAGGCAUGGGGGAGGAAGAGUAUCUUCAUACGGAAUAUGUAUGCAGUUUCAGCAGAGGCUGUGGUGAGGAGGUUUCCCAGACUGAGGUCUAUUACUCUCAAGGGGAAGCCGAGGUUUGCAGAUUUCAAUCUGGUACCACCUAAUUGGGGAGCUGAUGUUCUUCCCUGGAUUCAUACCAUAGCCUCUGUAAAUCCAAUGCUGGAGGAACUGAGGUUGAAGAGGAUGGUGGUGACUGAUGAAAGCUUGGAGCUAUUGGCUCAUUUCUUUCCAAACUUUCGUGCUUUGUCUCUUACCAGCUGUGAAGGCUUUAGUACAAAUGGCCUUGCCAUCAUAGCAAGUAAAUGCAGGAAUCUUACAGAGCUGGAUUUACAGGAAAAUGACAUUGAUGAUCGAGGAGGCUAUUGGCUAAGUUGUUUUCCAGAGAGCUGUUCAUCGUUGGUGUCACUAAAUUUUGCUUGUUUAAACAGUGAAGUGAAUUUUGAUGUCCUUGAGAGGCUUGUAGCUAGAUGCAAAUGUUUGAAAAGUUUAAAACUUAACAAGAAUGUGACACUAGAACAAUUACAGCGCCUUCUGGUGAGAGCACCUCAAUUGACUGAACUGGGUACAGGUUCGUACUCUCAAGAGCUUAAGUCACAACAAUUUUCAGAUUUGGAAACUGCCUUCAGCAACUGCAGGGAUCUGAGACUAUUAUCGGGAUUCUGGGAAGUGUCAUCUCUAUAUCUUUCUGCAAUUAAUUCCGUGUGUGUGAAGCUGACAUUUUUGAACUUUAGCUAUGCCACUCUACAAAGCUGGGAGCUGGGGAGACUCAUUGUAAAUUGUCCUCAUUUACAACGAUUAUGGGUUCUAGACACUGUGGAAGACAAGGGACUUGAAACUGUGUCUUCAAGUUGUAAGGAUUUGAGAGAACUGCGGGUUUUCCCAGCAGAUCCUUCUGGGCAAGGUCAAGGCUAUGUUACUGAAAAGGGCAUUGUUGCCAUCUCUAAGGGAUGUCCUAAUCUUAAAUAUGUUCUAUACUUCUGCAGGCAAAUGACAAAUAGUGCAAUUGUCAGAGUAGCACAUAACUGCCCGAUGUUGACUCAUUUCCGUCUUUGUAUUAUGGAUCCACAUCGGCCAGACCACCAGACAAAUGAGCCCAUGGAUGAAGCUUUUGGAGCAAUUGUAAAGAAUUGUAAGAAUUUGCAGCGCUUGUCAUUAUCGGGUUUGCUUACUGAUAAGACUUUUGAAUAUCUUGGCCUUUAUGCAAAGAACUUGCAAACUUUAUCUGUGGCUUUUGCUGGAGAUAGUGAUAAGGGUAUGCAAUAUUUGUUACAAGGUUGCCCAAAGCUCCGAAAGCUUGAGAUAAGGGAUAGUCCGUUUGGGGAUGCUGCACUGCUAUCAGGACUUGACCGAUAUGAGUCAAUGCGCUCAUUAUGGAUGUCAGCAUGCCAUGUCACACUGAAUGGUUGCAAUAUCCUUGCACAGGAGAUGCCUAAACUUAAUGUUGAAAUAAUUAAGGAAAAUGAUGAAGAUGAUGACAACAGGAUUGAGAAAUUAUAUGUUUAUCGGACUCUUUGUGGGCCAAGAACAGAUGCUCCAAGUUUUGUAUACACAUUGUGAUCAGAUAAUUGAUCUGUUUACAUUUGAAUGUCUGCAAGGUUAUUGCUAUAUGUUGAACAAUCUACAGAAAACAUGUUUUCAGGACUUGUGUGAUCUUGCAAGACAAGAGGCAUGGGAUAAAGGUACAUUGACUUUGACAGGUGACUUGAGGAAGCAGAUCGAAUUUGAUAAUGCAUUGGUGCUUUAUGGUCAUUGGUAUUAGAGGCUGCAAAUAACAAAUAAUCAGAUUCAGGUACUUGGUCAUUGGGCUUAGCAGAUCCAUCUUCUAGUGGAUUGGAUUUAUUAAGCUGCUGGUUGAUAGCUAUGUAAUUGCUUUUUUUAAUGUCUUCUCGGGACUGGUACACCCUGCAUGACAAUUUCACUGUUUAAAUAGCCUUCUUUAAAAACUCAUUAAAAGUAGUUUUUGACUUUUAACUCUCAA